ACCUGGGGCUGCUGGAUGGUGACAAAGAGCCACAUCAUCCGUGUGGCCACCAUGGACUCAUAGAGGGAGGGGAAGGGCACCCAAGGGCUGAAAUCCUAGGGUUGAGGGUAGCUGAGGGGCUCCUGGGAUCCUCCUAGGGUGGCAGAGGAGCUCCUGGGAUCCUGCUUGGGGUGCUUGUCCCUCUCUUGGGGGGGACCUUGGUGUCAGGACAUGGGUACUGCUGUUUUCCUGAGGCUGCCUGGUGAUGUUGUUCCCUUCCAGGUCCACGUGAAGCUGCGUCCUCAUGUACAGCAGUUCCUGGAGACCCUUUCCAAGACCUACGAGGUACCUGAAGUCCUCAUGUUCCCCCAAGAUCUUCAUCUUCACAACCGCAAAGCAGGACUAUGCUGAGAAGGUCUGGGAUGUGCUGGACUCCAAGAAGAAGCUGAUCAGGUUGGUGAAACCCUGCUGGGGACCCCUGCUGUGCUGGCGACUGGUCCCCAUGGGCUCUGCUUCCCCCUCCAGGCACUGCCUCUCCCAGCAGCACUGCCUCUGCGCUCGUGGCUACUACUGGAAGGACCUGACCUGCCUGGGCAGGGAUCUGGCCAAGACGGUGGCCUUGGACCACACCAUCCAGGGCUUCUCCACCCAGGCUGCCAACUGGAUCCCAGUGCCGAGGUGGUGGGGGGACCCCCAGGACGAGGAACUGCUGCGCCUCACCCCACUGCUGGGACAGCUCAGCUGGCUGGAUGACGUGCGCACCGAGAUCCAGCACCGGUUCCCGCACCUCAAGCUGCCCACCGAGGACUAGACCAGCCUGGAUGGAGGGUAGUGGGACGGAGAACCUCCCUCAGAAGGGUCUGGUGGUGCUCAGCACCACGAGAGAUGUUCUGGUGUGCCUGGGAUCCAACUCAUCCCACAGCCCUGAGCUGGACGGUGUUUGGGCAAAGCCAUCACUCACAGGCAUUGGUGUUUGCAACCACGCUUUGCUCUGCUCCUCCAGCAGCUGCGAGGCACGGAUCCCAGCCUGGCACGGGGCUGGGGAGAGCCUCCCGACUGCCUUUUGAGGAAGAACUCCCUCCUGGCUCCCUCCUGUCUGUGCUCUGUAAGGCCCAGCCAAGGGCUCUCUCAUGGGUGAUUAUACACUUCUUGGACAAAGGUUUUGCUCUCUUCUGUAACCCCUCAGCUUCGCAUUUGGGGAUGGCACAGCAGGUGGGGGCACAAACCGCUCCCCUUGCCGUGCCGCAGCUGUGCCCCAGGGCGAUGGGGUCCUGUGGUUGGGAAGCUGAGCCCCGUGCGGUGCCAGUGUCCCCGGGAGGGCCCCAGCUGGCUGCUCUCCCUGUGCCCAUCCCAGCCCUGCGCAGUGCUGUGCCGCGUGCCGGGGCGCAGCUGCC